GGCUAUUUGUGCUUGUCUGGGUGAUAUAUGUAAUUCCAGGCUGCACGUUCUUACCCGAGUAGACAAUGUGUUCCCAUCACCCAUUAUCUCUAUGGAGCUGCAGUGGUAUAAAAGGGGGCCCCCGUUCAAGCAGCAGUAAACGGCUGUAUUCUUUCCUACUUCUCGUUCCUGUUUUCUAUCUUUUUACCACCAUGGUUUUCCUUUCCAACGCUAUUUCCACAGCUCGUAUCUCUGCUUCGUCUGAAAAUGCCGAAGAGAGCACUGGCCUUAGAAGCCCUGUUGGCACUACGAUUUACGGCACGCGUUGGGCAACUGAGGAGAUCCCACGCUAUGACAUGCCAAUUGAAGAAAUGCCUGCAAACGUCGCAUACCGCCUGAUCAAGGAUGAGCUUGCGCUUGAUGGCAAUCCAGCCUUGAAUCUUGCCAGUUUUGUUACCACGUACAUGGAAGAUGAGGCCGAAAAGCUGAUGACCGAGAACUUGUCCAAGAACUUUAUCGAUUACGAGGAGUAUCCUCAGACGGCCGAGAUUUGCAAUCGCUGUGUCAACAUGAUUGCUCGGCUUUUCAAUGCCCCGAUGCAUGAUCCUUGCUCCGAAGCGCUGGGUUGCUCUACCGUCGGCUCUUCCGAAGCCAUCAUCCUUGCCACACUGGCCAUGAAGCGACGAUGGCAACAUGCUCGUCGCGCCAAGGGCCUCUCCACUGAGAACCCAAACUUUGUGUUGGGCGCAAAUUGUCAAGUUGCGUGGCACAAGGCUUUGCUAUACUUGGAGAUUGAAUCUCGUGAGGUCGAAUGUACCGAGGACCUGCUUUACAUGGAUCCUCAGAAGGCAGUCGACCGUGUGGAUGAAAACACGAUUGGCGUGUGUGCUAUCCUCGGCUCAACGUAUACGGGUCACUAUGAGGACGUCAAGACCCUUAACGACCUAUUGGAUGAGAAAUGUGAAGAAAAUGAUUGGGAUAUUGGUAUCCAUGUCGAUGCUGCUAGUGGCGGUUUCGUUGCACCUUUUGUUGUCCCGGAACUUGAAUGGGACUUCCGUUUGAAGCGUGUGGUGUCCAUCAAUGCCUCUGGUCACAAGUAUGGCUUGACCUACCCUGGCGUGGGCUGGGCUGUCUGGCGAAGCCCUGAAUACCUUCCACAAGACCUUAUUUUCAACAUCAACUACCUGGGUAGUGAUCAGGCCUCCUUCACACUCAACUUUAGUAAGGGCGCUUCGCAUAUCAUUGCACAGUACUAUGUGCUUAUCCGCCUUGGCCGCAGCGGUUUCCGCAAGAUCAUGGCCAACUUGACUGCUACCGCCGACCACCUUGCUGAGCGUCUCAAGAGUACUGGCAGAUUCUCUAUCCUCAGCCAAGGUGAAGGUUUGGGCUUGCCACUUGUUGCUUUCCGUCUCAAUGCACCACAUCACUACGAUGAGUUUGAUAUCUCUGCUCGUCUUCGUGAACGCGGCUGGAUCGUCCCGGCUUAUACAAUGGCACCCAAUAUGGAAAGCAUGAAACUUUUGCGCGUUGUCGUUCGCGAGGACUUUUCACGAUCGCGUUGUGAUAUUUUGGUCAGAGACGUUUUGGCCGCACUCAAAUCUUUGGAUACCUGGGAUGAAAAGGCUGUGGAAGAUACCCGUGUUCUUACUGCUGAGCAUGCACACAGCGCUAUGCACAUCAAUCCUACCAGCUUCCGUCCUACUGUGGAUGAAGAUGAGAACGAGAGUGGUCUCAAGUCCCCCGCUACCAAGAAGGCUCCUGGCAUUUGCUAAGUUAGAUUGCUGCAGUAAAGAACCACUAUUUAUACAUGUUAACCUUUGUUGCUCUCAUGAGGGGGAUUCAACAAAGAACCAAAAAGAUUAUCUUUGUAUCAAAACGACUCUGUUUAUGUACCCUUCAAAAAAGAACAAAGAUAAUAUAUCAGAAUAGAAGGAAAGAAAUA